AGACCACCCCUGACCGGAAAUUUAGCUUGUCCUCUUCCGUCCAACAAUGCCUCUCUCUCUUGUCACCGCAAGCCGUGCAUUCCGGAAGCGCAAUAUGCUUCAUCCCCUCAAGGUUUCGUUGUCAUCUCGGCAUUUGCGUGUGAUCGUGCCCGGCAGUUCAAAGCGUGACAUCGCACUCCUUCUCUUCCUUGCCUUGCCUUGUCGGCUUGUCCAGCAUAUUCGGAGCCUCACACAAAUUCCUCGAAUAGGGUAAUACUCCCACAAACGGAUAAUAAUUGCUCAAGGACCCAGGCCAGGACCCAGGCCAGAACGACGCGUCACAUCGUUGAUCUGCUCGUACAAGGACUGACCAAGCUAUCGGGCCUCAGGUGGGAUAUAUGCCCAAACGGCCCCCAAGUGACAUUCAAUCUCAACAUUCUGCAAAAUUCUCUGAAACCCUUGACCAUGUGUAUGAUCAACCGGACCUUUGCUGCCGCUCACUUUAUGCUUUUUGUUCCUCGAUGCACUACUUACUCCUGAUAUGCUUAUACAUAUUUAUCCGUAUUAAGAUUACACCUUAAGGCUUCACGCCGUCCUUGACAUAGUAGAUGGCGCUUCCGGUGGCCGGCCGGCUCACCAUAACGGCUCCCUUCUUCUGGUCCUCCGUCAAGUUCUUCUUGGAGAAAUACUCCCGCUCCAGGGCCUGUGUCACAGCCUCGACCUUAUCCGCCGGCACCAUGUGCACACUGCAACCUCCCCAACCGGCACCGGUCACACGGGCUCCGUAAGAUCCUUCCCGAAGGGAAAUAGCACAGAUCUCGUCAAGCUCAGGACAGCUGCACUCGUACAGAUCUCGACAUGAUACUUGGGUUUCGUUCAGCAGCGAACCGAGUUCUUUGUUAAACUUGGUUGUGUCGGUAGCGCCUGUGUGGACAGGGUUCUCGAGCAGCUUCAUGAAACGGAGAACUCGGUGUGCCUCCUUGAACACAUGCAGAGCUCGCUGCCGAAGCUUGAAGCGCUCGGCACGUACUGGGAGCUUGGACAUGAAACGCUUCUCAAGAUCCUCGACCGUGAUGUUUAGAACCUUGGCUACCUCCUCCCGUGUGUAUCCCUCCUCCUGUGUCAGGGUCUUCUCAGUGAUCUCGAUCAACUUCUCUAGCUCCUCCUCCUUGGUCAGGGUCUUGGCAGCGGAGUAAUCUGAGCCGCUCUGGUGGUAAAAGAAAGUUUCAUGGAAACCUCCGAGACUGACGCCCAGGGGGCCCGCAUCCUCGGGGAGUUGUGUGCCGGGUGGAUUCAGAACCGCGUUGAGGUAGGAUGCAGCGAUGCUACACUCUACUACGCGAAGGUUGUAGUGGAUGGGGCCUGUGACCUGCUUGUUUGAUGUGACAAAGGACUGCACGAUAACGAAUGUGAUUUCGGGAUUCGUGGGAGGGAAGUGAACUGGCUUAGCCUUGAGGCUUGGACUGAAUGACACGAAGGUAGCGGCACCCUUCUCGGAGAAGACAGAGGCAGCUUGAUCCAUGCUGUUGGGACAUUGUUAGUGAGAUUAUGAUCGUUGUUGACGAAGGUCAAUGUCACAUACCCUCCCGAGUUAACUCCUACCGCACGCUCGUUCACGAUGGCAAGCUCAGUCAGCUCAGUCUUGUCCACCGUUUUCUCACCAUUGGCCAACAUGAUAGCUAGUGAACUCGUGCUGACCACAGCAGCACUGGAGCUAAGUCCUCCACCAACAGGUACAGUGCCAUCCAUAAGCAAAUUCAUGCUGCAUGGUUUGAAAUCCUUUCCAUACUUGUUCCUCAACAGGUCCAGCACACCCCUUAGGCCGCUCUUGAAGUAGUUGGUCCAUUCUAGCUUGGUCGCGUCGAUCGAAACGUCCCCAUCAAAGGGGACCUCAAAGUCAGCGGCCUCAAACUUGCCAUCCUCAACGUUGGCGAUGCGGAUGCGAAAGGACUUGGCGUCUUGGGCGGCGGGUGUAGCGGAAACGGCGAGAAGGGUGUCGGCAGUAAUGGCCAUGGGAAGCACCGAAUAGAGAGAGUAGUCAAUGUGCUCUCCAAUAAUGUUAACUCGUCCAGGGGAGCGAGCGACAAAAGAAGCCGCAUGUCCGUAGGUAGACUCAAACUUGCUGAGAAGGCUAUUCCAUCGUGGACCUUGCUCAGCGAGCGCUGCAGCAGGAUAGAUGUCGCUCAAGGCGUUGGCAACGGGCACGGUGCCAGUCAUGGUGAGGAUAUAUGAUACGGUAUAUCUUUGCGAUUGGCUCUCUUGCUAUAGAAGCGACAAUUACGAGUUUUUGUAUUCGUCGCAAGCUUUAUCGCGUGAGAAGCUGUCGUUGCAAGGUUGCUAAAUGCCCCGCUAUUGCCCCUCGGGGGAUCGUGGACCAGCUUUUGAUGAUAUGACGUAGAUUUCUACUGUCGCAACUGCGUUUCUGUAUUUUUGGUAUUGGAGUUGUCGCAAAGGUCGUGCGCCUUAUAUAAGAAAGACUUUGUGAUCAUCAAAUGAGUCAAAAACCUGUGUUUAACGACAGUCUGAGCUGAAAAUUCUCAUUAAACACUUUGACAUCCUCGCUUCGACCCCUCAACAACCCCCGAAUAUAUCCCCACCUAUCGGCGUCCAGCAUGAGAGCUUCCCCAGAACGUGUAGCGCAAUUGAUCGUGUGGUCAAGUUCUCGGCGCUUUAGCGAGCACCGUAACGGCUAAGUUGCUAGACGGAGUGGUCCUGCUGUGGGGUUGGCGUUUCUCUUUGCGCAGAGAUAGGUGCGGUUGUUAAACGGUCGGUCCGUUAUAAUAGCUCAUCUCAUGGAUGUUGCUUAGACUAAAGAGCUCAUCAUGCCGAUGCCCGGGGUCGUUUUGAGACACAAGAACUCAUGAUACGAACAAAAGUCCGAAGUAUUACGACACAAAAUCAUGAUAUCUCGAAGCAGCCAAAGUCCAGGGUAUCAGUCAAAUCAAUUCCUUCAUGUCACACCAUACAACGACUUUACGUUACAUGCGAAUGCAAACAAUGAUGCCAGGCGGGUACGGUCAUGAUCAUGACCAGUUGUUUGGACAUUUAUUUGCGAAACAUUCACUGACAGCUGACAGCCAGUGCCCAGACAAUCUGAGCCUGUGACCUGCGAACUCCAGCAGGAUUCUAUCCUUUCCAUCAUGAGUUCGCUUGUCCACCCUGUAAACACGCCUGAGCAUCCCCGGAGCUUCACUUUAGCAAGUCGUCGGCGGUUCCUACAUAAGAGGUGACGCGAGAGAAGGCCUCAAGAUGAGUUACCCAACCCAACAGCUACAGCCCUUCACGCUGUACAUGGCAAUCUCCGUUCCCGAGACGCCACCUCAUACCAUUGCUCAUAUCUACGACGUCGACUCAAGCAAUAUUGGGAUUGUACAUCUUCUUCAAGGCCCAGAGGGGACCUCACAACAUGUUGUAGGCUCCGAGAAGUUCGAAUGGGGAAUCUACUGGCACCGCGAGCUUGGUGAUGGGACAUGGUACAACUUCCGCUUCACCCCUCCUGAAAUGUACAAAGGACCACCAGGGCUGUACCAGCCUUGGAUCUACAGCCAGGUCACUGUGAAGCAGUCGCCACGCCUUCAUCACCACGUCGUCGGACUCUUACGAAUCAUACGCGUCCCCGAUACCAUCGGCUCUGGUAUCACGGCUUACCUCGACUGGAUGGCUCCUUUGAUUGCCUCUAAGGCGACGCGCGAUGACCUUUGGGCAAUGUCUGUUUGCCUGCGAACGCGACAAUACGUGGCUAGGGAGCGAAAGUCGGAGGACAGGGGAGUAGAGAGGUUUGAUGCCACUCUCUUUACCGUGGAGGCGACGCAGUUUGCCUAUCGUGAGGUGUAGUACGCCUUGGCUGGACAGCUGCCGCGACCUAUCUAUGUCCCGAACACCGGAGUCGUGAAGGGUCACUGAGAAGCGAAGAUGCUUCGAGACCUGGAAGAAUUUCGAGCUCUCAAGAGCCACGUCGAUAGUAAGUUGAAGAAAAUACUCGUCAAAGGAGCACAUCUGACCGGGUACCAGUCGUUCUUCAACCACCACCACGUGGCCAAUUUAUAAGAGGACAUGCACGGAUCGAAAGGAGAAGGUCCUGAAUGAGAACGCGCGUUGGCCAACAAUAGCUAGGAGGAAUUACAAGGGACGAGAGAGAUCAUGAGAUGACGCGAGUAACCGAGGCUGUCUCGAAUCUAGUCGCCCCUCUAUCACCCACUGUCUGCCCAUUUUGUCUGCCUGUUCAGCCCUUAAACGAGAAAGCGGGUUCGGUGCGAAAAAUGGCAGCACAAUAGACUGUUCAUGAUUCGUUGAAACGGUCGUUUUUGAUCGCUUUCAUAGAAAACCAGAAAAUAAAUACAGGCUUUUUUUUUUUUUUUUCGUCCGUGAUUCAUCAUGAGCCGCGGAUCACUGGUGAGAAAAAGCAGGGAAUACUGCCACGUGAUUAUCCCCGAGCCAACGACCACUGGCAUCUUCAUUCCUUCACGCCUCGACCAAAGCAAAGAAGAAGAAGAAAUCAACGAGGAGAACUAACUUUAGUCUUUAUUAUUCUCGACGAGAUAACUAUAGUCAAGAUGGGACAUCAUAAUCUUCGUUUCGACGGCGAUCCUCACUCGCUGGAUGGAGUUUGGAGUCCCCCAACUAGCAGGGCCAACUUUUGUGAGGAAGAUUAUGCUGUGACUUUUUACCUUGCCGAAUUCAUCAAUGCCUUGACAAACGUUACGUACGUCUACUUGGCUCUUCGGUCCAUGUAUGGCUCGCGUAGUCGCAGCCGUGGACUGUUUGAUCCGAAGUGGGAUUUUAUGUCUGUCUCGCUCUUGGUUCUUGGCUUUGGUUCAUUUCUCUUCCAUGCAACUCUUCGCCAGACGUUGGAGUUUGUCGAUGAACUGUCAAUGCUGUUGCUGUCUUGGUCGAUGCUGCGUUCGCUCGUCAUCCUACGACAGUCUCCUCAAAACAUCCGCUACAUCUCGAUCGUCCUGGCAAUUUUCUUCAUUUCCUUCUCGGUAUUCUACGUCAGAUCUGCCAAGAUCAUUUAUCAGGUCAUCGGCUUCUGGGUUUCGCUCAUCGUCAUCGGCGUGCGUGUUCGCUACCUAUUCCACUGGGCCAAGCCAACAUUUUCCGAAGAGAAUGUACGCGAUUGGUCCAUUCGAGUAUGGACUGCAACGUUCACCUGCCUGUUUGGAUAUUUCAUCUGGAACCUCGAUCUUGAAUUCUGCGCCGAGUUGAGGAACUUUCGACAGCGCAUUGGACUGCCCUGGGCUUGGCUUCUUGAGUUCCACGGCUGGUGGCAUAUUUUGACAGCUCUUGGUGCGAGCCAAUUCAUGAAUGUGGUGAGAGAGGUUCGCGAGGAAGUGAGUCGGGAAAAGAAAGAAUGAUUGGAUAAGCAAAGGCGCAUGGCGUUGGAUAGGGCUGCAAGCCUCAGGGAGCAGGAAAACAUUGGAUCUUGUUAUAGUUAAGGUAUCAAAAUAAACUCAGCAAAAGGUAUCCCAAACUUGUGCGAAAUUACCCAGGUCUUUCUAUCACUUGGGCCAAAGGUCCUAGGUUUUGCCUCCCCUGGUGUG